AUGGAGCUUUUUUUUGCAAUGUGGAUCGGAACCUUGUUGCAGUAUUGCCAAACGGCUAUUUAUACUAAUGACUGGGCCUUACGGAUAAACCAAGGUUCCAAAUCUGCCAACAGGAUUGCAGAGAAAUAUGGAUUCACAAAUCUGGGACAGAUGCGAAGGCUAAAGAAUUAUUACAUCUUUCACCACCACGCAACAGCAGCGCGAUCCACAGUGCCCAACGACGUGUUGACAGCUCGCAUCACCAUGGAGACCGAGGUGGAAUGGCUCCAACAGCAAGUGAUCCAGAAAAGAGUGAAAAGAACUCUGUACUCAUUCAGCAAAACGAACCCAAAAUGUGCUGGUUCUCACCACCAGCACAACUACACUCACUUCCAGCACUUAAAAGACAAGUACUGGAACAAUCUCUGCAGCAAGGACUCCAAAGGCCGUCUGCCUCCCAUGAAUAUUGGUGGGGCUUGGAGGAGGGGUUACACCGGCAGGGGUGUGGUGGUGUCCGUUUUAGAUUAUGGCAUCGAUGGAGAACAUCCAAACCUGAAACUGAAUUACGAUGCUCUCGCCAGCUUUGAUGUGAACGGACAAGAACGGCUUCCUCCGCCGAGAUAUUCCGAGAGGGCUGCCAACUACCAUGGGACUCGGUGUGCAGGAAUGGUGGCCGCCACCAUUUCAGCGAACACCUCCAUGUGCAGCAUGGGAGUGGCAUUUCGCACACGGAUUGGAGGCAUCCGGAUGCUGGAAGGAUUGGACGGAGAAGUAACUGAUAUGGUGGAGGCGCAGGCACUAAGCUUCCAACCGCAACACAUUGACAUUUACUUGGCCAGCUGGGGGCCAGAAGAUGACGGUACCACUGUGGAUGGGCCCGGUCCCCUGACUCGCCUCGCUUUGCGAACUGGCGUUCAAACAGGCCGACACGGACGAGGCUCUGUUUACGUCUGGGCAUCAGGAAGCGGCGGUCAUAGAGGUGACCACUGCUCAUGUGACGGCUAUAGCAACAGCAUUUACACCAUCUCCAUCACCAGCGGCAGCAUACACCAGGAAAGGUGCUCGUCCAUUCUGGCCACAGCCUCCACUGCACAUGGAAUUUUUGUGUUGAUUUCGCAUCAGAACUGUGGUACGGCUAAAUGGGGCUCAGCCCUUUCGGCGUCAGCAGCAGCGGGCGUUAUUGCACUCACCCUGGAGGCCAAUCCUCUGCUUACCUGGAGAGACAUCCAGCACAUAAUCGUUUGGACAUCAGAAUCUCAUAAACUUGUGGCAACCGACUGGCAAACAAAUGGUGCCGGACACAAAGUGAGCCACCUGUAUGGCUUCGGCCUGCUGAAUGCAGAGAGGAUGGUAUUGCAGGCCAAACAAUGGCAAAGGGUCCCCCCACAACAGGCAUGCACUGUGAAGGCACCCAGUCCGUUAAACAGAAUCCUGGAUGGCGUAUUGACAUCGAUGCUUGAGGCGUCUGGCUGCUCUGCCUCUUCCCGAUGGCAGCAGAACGUGGCCUUUGUAGAGCACGUGGUGGUGCGUGUCACAGUGGCUUGCCGUCGCCGUGGCGACCUUUCCAUUGAGCUCACGUCGCCCUCGGGUACAGUGUCACAGCUUCUUGAUAAAAGGCCUCACGAUAACUCCACUGAGGGUUUUCACCAGUGGGAAUUCAUGACAACCCACUGCUGGGGUGAGCAGGCGGCUGGUGAAUGGACCUUAAACAUCCGUGACUCCCCUUCUGAAAGAAGGGAAAACUCUCAAAUAGGGAUGCUGCAGGAAUGGUCACUAGUGAUUUAUGGCACCGCGUGGCCAACGUAUCCCACUAGACGCAGACCAGCACGAUCAGCCGAGACACCAAAGAAUGCCAAUUUCACUGAAGAAUACAUUGGACCAUGCAACCCAGAAUGUAGUGAUGAUGGCUGCGAUGGUCCUAGCCCAUGGCAGUGUGUCACAUGUGCCCACUUUUUCCUUAAGUUCAAGAACAACACAAGAAUGUGUGUGUCCAGGUGUCCGCGAGGAUUCUGGGCUGACAGGCGGCGUUGCAAACGCUGUUACACCGCUUGUGAAAGUUGCACCGGAAGUCGCAGUGACCAGUGCACUUCCUGUCAAGACGGGUAUUAUCUAAACGAGGGCACCAAUACUUGCACCGAUGUCUGCGAGGAGAGCUACUUUCUGGACCACGAUGCAAAAAUGUGCCGAAAGUGCAGCGAGAUGUGCUCGAAGUGCACAUCCUCCAGCAUCUGCACAGAAUGCAAAGCAGACUCAAGUCUGCGUGGGAACCAGUGCCAGUGGAAUUGCUCGCCAGGAUUGUAUUACAAUGAGGCUGAGGGCGCAUGCAAACCUUGCCACCGGGUGUGCGCCGUUUGUGCCGGUCCUGGCGUGGAGGCGUGCACAGAGUGUGCAAACAGCUACCUGAUGGAGGAAUGGAGGUGCGUCUCCUCCUGCAGCAGCGGCUUCUUCGCCACAAACUCAGAGAUAGCCGGCGGGCGCGAGAUGUGUAGGAGGUGCGACGCCAGCUGUUUCACCUGUGUUGGGCCGAGUCGGGGUAACUGCAGCAGCUGUUCAAGCGGUCACAGCCUACAGGAGGGCGAAUGUGUUCUCCACACGGCGUGCGCAGAUGGGGAGUACGAGGACAGCAAUGAAACAUGUCAACCCUGUCAUCAGACAUGCUUGAAGUGCACAGGACCCCAACAUCAAGACUGCAUUAGCUGUGACACCUCACAUGCUCUGGACGAGGGCCACUGUCUGACGGAGUGCGCCAGAGGCAAGUACCGGGCGAGUGGGCAGUGCCACCUAUGUGACCACACCUGUGCUACCUGUGUAGAGGCCGGGCCUGCCAACUGCACAAGUUGUGACACCGAUAAAUUUGGUAUGGCGCGUUACCUCCACAAAGGCCACUGCGUGGACGCCUGUCCAGAGGCCUUCUACCACACUGAAGAAAGAAGCUGCAAGGCCUGCUCACACCAAUGCACGCUCUGCACAAGCUCCACCCACUGCCUUAGGUGCAACUCGUCCUACUACUUGACUGACGGCACCUGCGCCAAGUUGGAGUGCGGCGAAGGCGAAGUAGAGGAUCCAGAUUACAGCAACUGCAUGGCCUGUGAAGAGGGCUGCAAGGAGUGUGUUUUAUAUAACCCCAGGCAUUGCCUGUCCUGUAAAGAAGGCUUUUACAAUUUCCAGGACAGCUGUUACAAAAACUGUCCCGCCAAGACGUACAGCGUAGACGAGGAAAUGACUUGCAUCCCUUGCGACAACAAUUGCGUGAGCUGCGACCAGCACGAGUGUUACUGGUGCGAAACAGACCUCUUUUUGUCAGAGGGACAGUGUGUGUCCGUGUGCCCUGAGGGUUUUUACGGUGACGAAGACACGAACGAUUGCGAGGAAUGCCACGCCAACUGCGCAUCAUGCAGAGGUCGAGAGGAUGAUGACUGCAUGUCAUGCAAUGAUGGCAAAAUCCUGGAAGAUGGACAGUGCGUGACCAACGACAUCUGUCCCGUGAAGACCUUUCGCAGCGAUGAUGGUCAAUGUGUGGAGUGCCAUCCAUCAUGCAAAUCUUGCUCUGGAAAAAACAAGAACCAAUGUACCAAAUGUACGAAAGGGCACUUCCUGAGCCCUCAGCAAACGUGUGUGACAAAAUGUCCACCGGGUUCAUUCGGUGACCGGCUGAGUGGCGAGUGCGAGGCGUGCCCCGUUGGCUGUUUGUAUUGCGUGGACCAUGAGCGCUGCACACGCUGCCUGAGCCGUUCCACAACAUUAUUUCUACAAGAUGGCCAAUGCGUCCAGCAGUGUGUCAGAGGCUAUCCCAUCGGUCAGGUGUGUCGGGACUGUGCGUCUAACUGCGCGUCUUGUGAGAAGAACGCCUCCUACUGCUUGAGCUGUGAGGAACCUCUCCUGCUGUUAAAUCACCAGUGUGUGGAGCAGUGUCCUGCGGCACAUACGGUUCACAUCCGGGAAUGCAUACGCUGCCCUUCGGCCUGUGACGAAUGCAGUCCUAUUGGAGAGUGCACAGCCUGUGAGGAGUAUCACUUCUUACAUGAUGGCACGUGCGUACUCGACUGCCCUGACCGCUUCUUUGGCGAUAAUGAGCGACAGGAGUGUCUGGCCUGCCACCCUUCCUGCAGUUUGUGCGACGGUCCCAGAGGUGACGACUGCGAUGCAUGUGUAAACCCCCGGGCCGCACUACGCAAUGGAGAAUGCCUGACUGAGUGUCCCGCUAGGUCCUUCAUGGACGACAGGACAGGAGAAUGUCAAGAGUGUGACGUCUCUUGCCUAACCUGCAUGGGGCCCCAGGCCGAUUCCUGCUCAGGCUGCAAGGAGGGCUUCAGACUGGAGAGCCACUGGCAGAAGGGUCAUGGUCGCUGUCUUCCAUCAGACGACGAGUGCUCGCAGCAUGAGUACUUUGACGAGUGGGGGAAAUGUCGGCCGUGUCACAAGAACUGCCGCCGCUGCUAUGGCCCAGGGAAAAACCACUGCUUGGCCUGCAAGCAGAGAUAUCUUCUUCUCAAUGGCAGCUGCGUGGACGAAUGCCCAUUAGCCUUCUACGCCGACGAAUUGCGACAGAAAUGCGAAGCGUGCCACCCGACCUGUCGGUCCUGUGGCGGGAAACACAGCUAUGAAUGUCUGACCUGUAAGGACCAGCUAUUUCGCCAAGGACGGGAGUGUGUGGAGACAUGUCAACACAGUCACUAUGGAAACCAGGAUUCUGGAGCAUGCGAGCCAUGCAACCCAAAUUGUGGCGAGUGUACAGGGGACGGGGCCUGCCUGAGCUGCACGAUGGAACUGGUCCUGAUGCCGCAGGAAGGCCGCUGCCUCCACAACUGCCCUCAGGGAUUCUACCGGCAUCAAGAUGACCACGGCAUGCAUGCCACCUGCGAGCGUUGCCAUGGCAACUGCGCAACGUGCUCAGGAAAGACCUCUCACUCCUGUGACUCAUGUGGGCCGGGUUACCUCCUGUCAGGCAGCAUGUGCUUGUCUGCAUGUGACACCGCCAAAUACCCGCUAAUCAAGGGUUCCAGUCACAGCUGCGAGGACUGCCACCCUUCCUGCCUGCGCUGCGAGGGUCCCGGAUCAACCAAUUGCAGCGCCUGCCCCCCAAACGCCAUUCUUGAAGCCGGGGGGCGCUGCCUCCUUUGCUGCCACUCGGCGGCAUCCCACACCCACGAUUGCUGUAACUGUACUGAAACAACAGGGGAGUGCAUCCUCAGCACCAACCUGGCGUUCAGGAAUGAGGAGGGGCACGAUGAGGAGGAGGCAAAGGGCAACCUGGUGGUCUUCAUCAUUGCCUGUGUCCUUCUCGUAGCCGGACUCAUCGCCGCCAUCUUCCUCAUCCAACACUCUCGCUCUAAGAGGACGUCUUCGGACGGGACUUCGCGUGGCUACGAGAAGCUGGAUUCAGGUGCUGCAUCCAGUUCCCGAGGCUACAGCUCCUCCUCAUCAUGCUACAAAGGCACGCAGAUGGUGGACUUCGGCAAACGUGGCUCCGAUGGAAAAGACCAUGAAGAUGAGGAUGAGGAAGAGGACAUUGUGUACAUGAGUCAAGACGGGACCGUGUACAGGAAGUUCCGCUACGGACCACCGGGGGAAGAUGAUGACGAUUUGGAAUACGACGAUGAAAGCUAUACAUAUCGAUGA